UGUAAAGCUUAAACUGACAACUGUCAAUUUCAAUGGCUAUCCCUCUUUAAAUACUUAUAAUAUAAUAGAGGAGGUGGUGGUUGAUUUUAAUGACAACUUAUUCAGAAAGGAUAUCAUAGUUAUACUAAAUGUUUAUAGAGUUAUUACCGUCACACUCAAAGGAACAUUUGUGAUGUGGUUAUACUUCUAACAGCCAUAUGAGGGGCUUGUUUUGCACAAGUUGAUAAAAUUGCAGAGAUAACGAUCAAAAUAUUGUCAGGAAAAGCGGAUGUAUACAGAACUGUUAGAACCUCUGAAUCAUACUUGAGCGCGUUCUAACAGCAAUUACAUUAAACGGAUGCUGUAUGUAAUAUACAUGAUCGAAUCGAGCAUUGCAUAGUUAAAAAUACGUAAUCCAACAAAAGUGAAGCAAGCACUUAUCAUAUGACGCGUAAAAGAACAAAUCAGCCGUCAAGACAACGCCGACAGCGAACGAGAAAUGGAUUCACCGUUGAGCUUUCUUCGUCAGCAGCAGCAGCAGCAGCAGCAACAGCAGCAGCGUUACAACUACAAUCUGCAGCAUUUGCGUUUCCUGCAUCCUCUGGCGGGCUACUCACAUCUGCUGGAUCCACUUACGUUAGCUCAGCUCUCAUUAAAUAAAGGACAGCCCUUCCAACCCGGGUACCUGGGUGGCCUUGGGUCACUGGUCAGUCACGGGGACUUUGCUUCGUCUGUCAACGCGGCGUUCUGCAAUGCCGGUAAAAACGCAAGAGCGGACAUGUCUCCCAAGAGUGACCAUCUAUCCGACAGAGCAAGGUCGUCAGAACAAGAUUUUUACGAAGAUGACGGGAAGGCCGGGAAGAGGCGGCGUACGCGGACGAACUUCACGAGCUGGCAGCUGGAGGAGCUCGAGCGGUCGUUUCAGACCAGCCACUAUCCGGAUGUGUUCAUGAGAGAGGCCAUCGCCAUGAGGCUCGAUCUCGUCGAGUCCAGGGUCCAGGUGUGGUUCCAAAAUCGUCGCGCAAAGUGGCGGAAGCACGAACACACGCGAAAGGGUCCCGGUCGCCCGGCGCACAAUGCGCAUCCACAGACGUGUAGCGGGGAACCAAUCAGCGAGGAGGAAAUUCGCCGGAAAGAGCAAGAGAAACUCGAGAGAAAACGUAGGAAACAGGAGGAGCGCAUGCAUCGACUCGAGGAGAAGAAGAAAUUGUUCAGCACAAUAAGCACACUAUCAACAUCUUCGUGUUCCUCUGGCACUCAGUUUGAACAUGUAAGAGAUGUGGAGAGAGAGACAGAGGGUGAACAGGAGGAGCAUGUAAAUAAUAUUGAUAGAGACAAUGAUUUUGGUGAGGAAAUUGACGUAGAAAACGCCAGCAUUGAAAGCUCAAGAAGAAAAGAAUUAAGUAUGAAACGUGUCCCAGUGUCUAGUGAAGAUCCAGUAAGAGACGAUGAUCAACCAGAGUGUAACAAUAAACAUGUGAGUGAUUUAGGUAAUGACAUCGAGAGAAAGGAAACUGCGAGGAGAAGGAAUCCUUUCAGCAUUGAAAGCCUCCUUAAUAAGGGAGAUCAAACUAAUACAACAACUAUUCCUCAUACCCCUGACGGAUUUGGACAAACAAAAUCCCCGGACCUUAUGCUGUGAGCAAUAUCUUAGUUAGUUAUUAUUAGUAUUUGUUAGUUUUGUAUGUGCUAUGUAAAGUUGGCAUAAAUAUUAAAUAAGA